GGUAUCACUUGUGUGAAUUUGGUUUGCUGCUAAGUCAAACCCAUCACUUAAUCUAUGAGAAGAUCUCGUAUUCAAAUCUUUUGUAACCAAGUCAUGAUGUCAAGCCAUUUUGAUUUUGGUAUACUUUCUUGCUAUUCGAACUUAUUCUACUGGAUUGCAUUGCUCUUCUGAACAAGACCUUCGUUAGGCAUACAUACCCCUAUCACCAUAGUCAUCAUUCGCUUAAACAUAUCCUUCCUCGAAUAGUUUCACCUCUACUUAUUGUAUCAUUGAUUAGAUUCUAAUAUCAGUGAAGAAUUCUGGGUGCUGGAACAUUCUCUAAAUUUGCAAAAUCAUGUUGCUGUGCAUAAUUUAUCUUUUCCAGAUUAUGUAAAUAUUGAUAACAUGAACACAUCAUUAUUUCCAAAAAUUAAAGGCAUAGGAAUUUGAAUCUUUCCAACAUUCUCCAAAUUUGAAAAAUCACAUUUCUAUGAAUAUUUAUCUUUUCCAUAUUAUGUAAAUGUUGAUAACACGAACACAUUGUUGUUACCAAACUGAUAGAACCCGAAUCAAGUAUAUUCUAGAAGAGCCUAGAAGAAGUAAGAACCAUUCUGCAGAUACAACAGAUUCUGUUAACUAGUCCAACUGGCUGGGAUAAGUUGUUACAAAUAGGAUAUAAAUAGAGAAGAGUGAGGGAGGGAGGGAUAAGGCAGGAAAAAUUAGUGGAUCUUAUUGUGGAGACUGUCGGCUUCUUGAAGUGCUGGAUUGUUAUCUUUCAAUUCCUUUGUUAUCUCCAAUUGGGUUUGUUAUUGAAUAAAAUACAGAAAAUCUCAAAAAAAUUACUGUUUCUUUUCUUUGCUAAAUCCUCUAAUUACAAGCACUCCUAUCAAAUGGUAUCAGAGCAAUCACUCUGGGACAUUACAUCUGAUGAAGAAAAGGAAUUAGAAAGUCGGAUUAGUAAUCUGGAAGUGAAGAUUGAAAAAAUGAGUUCAAAAAUAAGAGGGGGAAUAGAAGCCAUGAAAUUUGAGUUCCAGAGAAGUAUGGCAAUAAUGAUGGAGAUACUUGAUCUAAUGAUGGAUAAAUGGGAAAAUAGGGAAUGGGGAAGGGAGGAGGAAUGCCGACAUCUCUUCAAGCCAUUAGCAUCGCCUUUGGUUGUGGAGGGUAACUGUAUCGAUGGGCUCCAAUCCAAAACUGAAAAUAGCAUGAUAAAAGAGAAUGGGCUGGGCUGCACAGUGGAAAAGGGCCAAAGAGUGGAUGCUAGGAAUUAAUACUAGUACAGGCCCAAAGUGAAUUGAGCCCGAAUCAGGGAAAAGGCCCACUAACUGGAUAGAAUUGCAGUCACGGCCAUCAGAUGCAAUCAGGUGAGAAAAAUUUCUCCUGCCAUUGUCGCAACAAGGGACGGAAGAUACUUCUAAUUGAAAAAGUGGUUGACGAAAUUGAAGGAGAUGAAAUUGAAAGUGACGCCGAUGGCAAGGAGGCAGUUGGAGUCGAUAUGGUUGAAAUUUUUCUAAAUACUGUAGUGGGCCUGACUGCCCCAAAAAUGUUGAAAGGAAAAGGUGAAAUAGAGCAGUCAGGAGUUGUCGUGAUGUUGGAGGGUGUGGCUAUCCUCAAGUUUAUCCCAACUGACGAAGUUCAACACAUUGAAGCUUUAUGGAUGGGGACUCGUGCCAAAGAAUGGUUCAGCUACAUCGUAUUUCGAAUUUUGCAGUUGAACCACACUUCCACCUUGCAAACAAGGUGUAUUUCGGGGCGAUGGGUAUUGAUAGAAGCUGAAUCAAGUAUAUUCUAGAAGAGCCUGGAAGAAGUGACAACCAUUCUGCAGAUACAACAGAUUCUGUUAACUAGUCCAACUGGCUGGGAUAAGUGGUUACAAAUAGGAUAUAACUAGAGAAGAGGGAGGGAGGGAUAAGGUAGGAAAAAUUAGUGGAUCUUAUUGUGGAGACUGUCGGCUUCUUGAAGUGCUGGAUUGUUAUCUUUCAAUUCCUUUGUUAUCUCCAGUUGGGAUUGUUUUUGAAUAAAAUACAGAAAAUCUCAAAAAAAUUACUGUUCUUGAAUGUUCCAUAGUUAUUAAUGAUAAACAUCCAAUUACAUUGCAGCCAAGUCGGCAACUAUUCUAGAAUGUUCCAUAGUUAGUAAAAAGGUAAAAGGGUAAUAGAAAGCUAAUAGAUUGUCUAUAAAUAUAAUAAGGGAGAGCUGGGAUUUGCAUUCAAGCAGUGAAGUAUGGAGAAAAUAGUGGAGAGAUUGGGCCUCUCGAAUUGCCUUAACUUUGUUAUCAUUUAUGUUCAUUCAAUAUUCCAACAAACAAUUUAAUUGAUCAUCCCUUGGGUAUAGUUAAAUCCUCCCACAGUUGGGCUGCAGCAACUGGGGAUUCUAUCACAAACAUUAAAAGCAUAGGAACUCAAAUCUUUCCAACUGUCUUGGUUUCAACUAGUGAGGUUGGCGGUGUUAAAACUAGACUGAGGUAGCAAGUU